CAGUGACUCGUCUCCAGUGGGAUGCAGGCCAGGUUUCGCUUGGUGCGGUUGCCACGGGCUCUCCGCCCCAGCGGCGCAGUAACCUGCUGACCGGGCAAACGCGUCCCCGUGUGACUGACGGCUGCGGAGCCUCCGCCCAGAGGAAAAAAACCCGCCCCAGCACCGUCUCGGCUGCCCACGGCUUCCAACCCGCCGGAACGGGGGCCGCAGGAAUGACCGACAACAUACCCCUACAGCCCGUGAGGCGGCCGAAAAGACACGACAGCAAACACAGACACGGGUGCUGCCCGUGGUCGAGAUGCUGUGGCAUGGGGGACUUCCGUCCCCGCACCGUGUGGCUCGGCCACCCAGAAAAGAGGGAGCAGAGGUACCCCAGGAAUGUCAUUAACAACCAGAAGUACAACUUCUUCACCUUCCUUCCUGCGGUGCUCUUCAAUCAGUUCAAGUACUUCUUCAACCUGUACUUUUUGCUACUGGCCUGCUCUCAAUUUGUCAACGAGCUACGCUUAGGUGCCCUCUACACCUACUGGGUCCCUUUGGGUCUUGUUUUGAUUAUCACUAUCAUGAGAGAGGCAGUUGAAGAAAUAAGAUGCUACCUUCGGGACAAGGAAGUGAACUCUCAGAUUUACAGCAAGCUUUCAACAAGAGGCACGGUGAAGGUUAAAAGCAGUGGUAUUCAAGUUGGAGAUCUUAUAAUCGUGGAAAAGAACCAGCGUGUUCCUGCUGACAUGAUCUUUUUAAGGACCUCUGAAAGAAAUGGCUCCUGUUUCCUGCGGACAGACCAGCUGGACGGAGAGACGGACUGGAAACUACGCCUCCCAGUGGCCUGCACUCAGAGACUGCCAACUGCUGCUGACCUUCUCCAAAUCAGAUCAUACGUGUACGCAGAAGAGCCAAACAUUGAUAUCCAUAACUUUAUUGGAACUUUUACCAGGGAAGAUGGAGACCCCCCGGUCAACGAAAGUCUCAGCAUUGAGAACACCCUGUGGGCCAGCACCGUUGUCGCCUCUGGCACAGUGGUGGGGGUUGUGAUUUACACAGGCAAGGAGCUGCGCAGUGUCAUGAACACCUCCAACCCGAGGCACAAGGUGGGUUUGUUUGACUUGGAAGUGAACUGUUUGACAAAGAUCCUGUUUGGGGCCCUGGUGGUGGUGUCACUGGUCAUGGUGGCCCUGCAGCACUUCGCUGGCCGUUGGUACCUCCAGAUAUUUCGCUUCCUGCUGCUCUUCUCCCACAUCGUGCCCAUUAGUUUGCGUGUCAACCUGGAUAUGGGAAAGAUGGUUUUCAGUUGGAUGAUCAAGAAGGACUCCAAGAUCCCUGGGACGGUGGUGAGGGCAAGCACCAUACCUGAACAGCUCGGACGAAUCUCCUACCUGCUGACUGACAAAACAGGGACUCUUACCCAAAAUGAAAUGGUGUUCCGGCGGCUCCAUCUUGGAACUGUUGCAUAUGGGAUGGACUCAAUGGAUGAAGUGCAGAGCCAUGUGUUCAGCGCCUACACACAGCCCAACCAUGACCUUCCAGCCUCCAGGGCUCCGGCGGCCACUAAGGUCCGCAAGACCAUCAGUAGUAGAGUUCACGAGGCUGUGAAGGCCAUCGCCCUAGUGCACAACGUGACACCCGUGUACGAGUCCAACGGGGUGACAGACCAGGCCGAGGCCGAGCAGCAUUACGAAGACACGUGCAGAGUCUACCAGGCUUCCAGCCCAGAUGAGGUGUCGCUGGUGCAGUGGACUGAGAGCGUUGGGCUGACACUGGUGGGAAGAGACCAGUCCUCCAUGCAGCUGCGGACCCCUACUGGCCAAAUUCUGAACUUUACCAUCCUGCAGAUAUUCCCCUUUACCUAUGAGAGCAAGAGGAUGGGCAUCAUAGUACGAGAUGAAUCAACAGGAGAGAUCACUUUCUACAUGAAGGGUGCUGAUGUGGUGAUGGCAGGCAUUGUACAGUACAAUGACUGGCUGGAAGAGGAGUGCGGAAACAUGGCGAGGGAAGGACUGAGAGUCCUCGUGGUCUCCAAGAAGUCCCUGACAGAGGAGCAGUAUCAAGAUUUUGAGGCACGUUAUGUCCAGGCCAAGCUUAGCGUCCAUGACCGCUCUCUGAAGGUGGCCACGGUGAUUGAGAGUCUGGAGAUGGAGAUGGAGCUACUGUGUCUCACUGGAGUGGAAGACCAGCUCCAGACCGACGUCAGGCCCACCCUGGAGAUCCUCCGCAAUGCAGGCAUCAAGGUUUGGAUGCUGACGGGAGACAAGCUCGAAACAGCCACGUGCACUGCCAAGAAUGCCCAUCUGAUCACCCGCAACCAGGACAUCCAUAUCUUCAGACCCGUGACAACACGAGGGGAAGCCCACCUGGAGCUCAACGCUUUCAGAAGAAAACACGACUGCGCUCUGGUGAUAUCGGGGGACUCGCUUGAGGUUUGUCUGAAAUACUAUGAGUAUGAGUUUAUGGAGCUUGCAUGUCAGUGUCCUGCUGUGGUUUGCUGCCGAUGUACCCCCACUCAGAAGGCUCAGAUAGUGCGGCUUCUGCAAGAGCGCACAGGCAAACUCACCUGCGCUGUAGGGGAUGGAGGAAACGAUGUCAGCAUGAUCCAGGAAGCCGACUGUGGCGUGGGAGUGGAGGGAAAAGAAGGAAAGCAGGCCUCCUUGGCUGCCGACUUCUCAGUGACUCAGUUCAAACAUUUGGGCCGUCUCCUCAUGGUCCAUGGUCGGAACAGCUACAAAAGGUCGGCGGCCCUCAGCCAGUUUGUCAUCCACAGGAGCCUGUGCAUCAGCACCAUGCAGGCGGUUUUCUCCUCUGUUUUCUUCUUUGCUUCAGUGCCACUGUACCAAGGAUUUCUGAUUAUUGGCUACUCCACUAUCUACACCAUGUUCCCUGUCUUCUCCCUGGUGUUGGACAAGGAUGUUAAGUCAGAGGUUGCCAUGCUAUACCCAGAGUUAUACAAAGAUCUCUUGAAGGGUCGACCCCUAUCUUUCAAGACAUUUCUAGUAUGGGUCCUAAUAAGUAUCUAUCAAGGGAGCAUCAUCAUGUAUGGGGCGCUGCUGCUCUUCGAGUCAGAGUUCGUCCACAUCGUUGCCAUUUCCUUCACCUCUCUCAUCCUGACUGAGCUGCUGAUGGUGGCCCUGACCAUUCAGACGUGGCACUGGCUCAUGAUAGUUGGCGAGCUCCUGAGUUUGGCCUGUUAUGUCGCCUCACUCGUCUUCCUGCACGAGUUCAUAGAUGUAUACUUCAUCACCACAGUGUCGUUCCUGUGGAAGGUGACGGUCAUCACGCUAGUGAGCUGUCUGCCUCUCUACAUCCUCAAAUACCUGCGGAGACGCUUCUCCCCGCCCAGCUACUCCAAACUGACCUCUUAGAGAGCGACAGGAGCCUCCGGCCUCGCUUACGGGGGAACCGCAGAAAGUCGUCCCUGGGUUGUUUACGGAGAGGGGGAGCUUGUGUUAAAAAGCAGUGUUACUUGCUACAUGUGUCUGAUGCAAAGACUAACUGAGGGCUGCUUUUUUUUUUUAUUUCUCUGAGCACAGCUGCAGCAAGCUGUGAGUUGGGUUAGUUCGACAAGCUACGACUUACUAACUGUCAGCGCUCCUGUCAGCAUUGUACACAUAAAAAUGUCUUAUGUCAUAUAACAACGCGGCCAUAGCCUGUAUGUAAUAAAUUAAGAUACAAAAUAAGAUAAGGAAAUUACGCAGGUGUUAUGCAGGUGUAGUUUGUUUAAUAAUGUCAGAAUUCGCAAGAGGAGAAGCUACUGGAAAAGUUGGUUGUUUCUCGAUUUUGUAGAUGAGUCAUUUGGGCAGGAAGCUAAUUUGCUGUCAUUUCUAGUUCCGUCUUAAAUAGACCAGUUUUUAUUAUUAGACACCGAAAUUGACGCAGCAUUCUCACUCAGGACUUGAUUCACACUCUCCUUAAACAGUGAUUCCAAACGGACUUUGAAAGUUACACGGUAAGAAGAAAAAAAAAAAAAGUUUACUGGCUAGACUUUGCAUUAAACACACGUCUGCACGUUUGUGUAUUUGUUUAUGCGUCACCCCGAUGCUACAGCCCGACACGGCGGAGGUGGUGGUGUGGCUGUUUAUUUUAGCGUGACCUGUGGUGUCUGAUGUUAAAUCCGUCUCCGUCUCUUUGUAUGGACCGUGAGUUGUUAGUGUUUGUGGAGCGCGGUCAAAACAGCCACAGAGGAGUGCCGGUUAUUUGCAGCCAAACCUUCCGCCGGGGCUCCCGACGGGCUGCGCGUCCGCAGGGGAAUGUGCAGCCUCUCAUGUGGCCGCUCGGGCACGCCAGCGCCAGCCACGCUUCAGCAUUGCAUGAUGACUCACUGUAACAGUGACCUAAAGCCAUAACUGAAAAUACCGCUGUGACCGGUGUCCAGCUGCCCCCUUUCAUGUUGUCUAAUCUAGGGCCCCCUCACUUCUCACUGCUACUAAAGGGAACAAAUCACCACUAGGCAGUCGAAUAUGAUGUGAAUAUUGUCAAUAAAUACUACUAGUGCACAUUCAGAAAAAGAAACCCCCCCGGUAUGUUACUACUAUAUAUCCACUCCUCACAUUUCAUUUCACUAGUCGUGUGAUGAUGGAGAUACUGUAAAUAGUUAGCGACUACAUGACUGCAUUUUCACUUAUUUCAAAGUUAUUUUAGUUUUUAAAAAAAAAACCAUUUCUCAUGUGACUAGAUGAAUUUUACUGUGUCAAACAGAAUGUCCAGGGUGCCAUUAGUAAUCAUUUCUCUGUUUUGCUAAACUAAUCUUUUAAUCACUACUGAAUUCAGCAAGUCGUUUGCACAGAAUCUUGUUUUCUAUGACUGACUAUUAUAUUUUUAUGUUGUAAAAAAACAUUGCAAAACAUAAAUGAUGCUAAAAUACUUUGGUUGCUUGUAAAUAACCUGUUUUUUUAGUUUGUUUUUUUUUAUUUAUUAACCUGUUCUAUUUAAUGGUGUUGAUUGCACUCAAAUGAGCAGAACAAGAAGGGAGAAUUGUGUUGAUGUCAGUGUUGUGAUGAUGAUUAAUAAAUCUCAUGUUUUCUUUU